AUGCUUUCCUUGGCAACAGAGACAAAGCUCGAUAUUUUUAAAAUUUUCACCCAUCAACAAUUAUGUUCAAUUAAACAAACAAAUUUUUAUUUUAAUGAUUUUAUUACAAAUUUUGAAGGAGAACUUGCUCGGGAAGAAUUAUAUAAAAUCUCUAUUGGUGAUUUUAAGAACUUCAAACUACUUCGUCACGAAUUAAUUAAACCUGACGCUAAGCAUUUUGACUUUUUGUUGAAUGAGCAAUUUGAAGAGAAGUUUAAAAAUGGACUAGAAAUGCCAAUUCCUUUGUAUUUACAUGCUGAAGAUUCAUCCAAAAAUGUUGUUAUCUGUUUAAUCGAAGCUCUUAGUAAAAAACUUCUUAUACUUCAACUACCAGACAUUAUUAAAAGCAAAGACGACAUCAGAAUUGUUUACUAUUAUUUAAAUAAAUUAUUUAAUUGUUCUUUUAAAUAUGGCACCUUUAAUAAGGCAUCUUCAAUUUUCAAUCCAAAAUUACUUCAAUUAUUAUUUGGAAAUGCUAAACAAGUUUAUAUUCGAAGAUUCGUUAAGCAUCUUACGGAUCGCAAUAUUGAAGAUGUCUUGAAAUUCAUUUUGAAUCAUCUAAUUAGCAACAAUCUUGAAAUUGUUUUUUAUUCAUCUGAAGAAGACAUUGCAAAAUAUAAAGAUAUUUUAUUUAAAAUUUUAACGAAAGGAGACAAUUUUAAUGAAAUUAAUUUGAUUAAUUUAUUAAAUUCAACAACACUUUAUGAAAAUAUUAUUGAAUAUAUAGCAACAUCUAGAAACUGUUCACAAAUGGUCUCUUCUAUUUUAUUUGAUUUCAAUAAUCACACAAAUCUUAAAUUAAACAAGAAAGCAGAAGAUGCUGAAAUUAAACAAUAUGAUGAAUCUGAUAAAUCGACAAAAUACCAAAUAACCAAUAUUUUCAAUCCAAAAGUGAGAUUCUCAUUUUACAGUGAAGAAUGGAAACGUUUUUGGGAUUUUGGAGUUAUGAUCAGAAUAAAGAGAGUGUAGAAGAUUUGUCGGAGAAAUAAAUAAUUUGAAAGAUUUUUGGUUUUCAUUG